AUGAGGAAGAGUGAUUCACACCCAAAAGGUCGAAAGAAACAAAACGCGAGUUGGUGAAAGAUGACGAGUCCAAAAGUGUAAGGUAAAACUUAGUGGGACACUGUGAGUCGAGGAGUUCUCUUCAGAUCUCGAACAACGCUCGCAAUUACCAACUCUGUUCGCAAAGAUGAUGUCCGGCAAUUAUACUACCAUUGAAAAUCAGAACGUCUCCGGAUCUGUUCCUGCAGUUGCAGAUUCCGGCCAUGUUCCCGUUCAAUUCGCCGAAUCAAAUCUUCAGACAUUUCCUCCAUCAGAAGCGUCUGGGAAGAUAGCUGGUGGUUCCCGACCUCCUCGAGAUGCUGAUGAUACCUUCUCCAAACCAGUUCGUUCUGAUCAGCCUCAAUCAAGUGGCUGGUUUGGAAUCUUCAGUGUUGCUGCCUACAAACCAUAUUUCGAUGUUGAUACUUCUGAUGUCUUGGAGAGGAUUAAAGAAUCACUUUUUCCGUGGAAAGGGACUUUCACAGAACUAAUCUCCAACAGCCCAGAUUUGUAUGGACCUUUUUGGAUAUGCACUACUUUAAUAUUCAUUGCGGCAUCCAUUGGUACAUUUGUUACAUAUGUUUCACACAAGCUACAAAGCAAAGAAUGGAAUUAUGAUAUAAGCUUGGUGACAUGGUCCGCGGGUCUGUUCUAUGGUUAUGUGACGGUUGUUCCUCUGUGCCUUUAUUUAGUGCUGAAGUACUUCUCUGCACCAUCCGGCUUUGUUCAACUACUAUGCCUUUAUGGUUACUCCUUGUUUGUGUUUGUUCCUGCUUUGUGCUUGUCUGUGGUGCCCCUUGAUAUAUUCAGAUGGGUAAUUGCUGGCGUAGCUGGGUUUAUGUCUGCAAGCUUUGUUGCCCUUAAUCUUAAAGCACACAUUGAAUCAGCCGGAGAAAGGUGGUUUCUUAUCGUUGUUGCCAUAUUUCUCUUACAAGUAGCUUUGGCAAUUGCACUAAAGGUCUACCUAUUUACGGUCUCAGUUUAACACAGUUAAUCAAUGUUUAAAUGAAUAUGUUGUAACUUUACGGUUAUACAUAUGGCAAAAUUUUGGCCUGCAUUUUGGCCGUCAAUUUUUAAUUCAAAGAUGUUCAUGGUCCAAACCUUAUUGUAUUCAUUAGUUUUGGCGAUUUAUAUGUUGGAAAGACUUUGAAGUCGAAUCGAGUUCUCUUUCGGAUCA